GCGUGCGAUGUCUCCAGCAGCCAGCCACACCACACCAUUCAUCCUCAUUUCGUGGCUGUCUUCGUCUUGUUUGUUGUCUUUCUUCUCGCUCGUCCUGUUGUAAAACAUAACAACACCUCAGCCAUCCCCUCCGGGUUGCAGCAGAAUCAACUGACGUGAGACGUACACACAAGCAUACCACAACGAUGAAAGUGUCCUCUUCGCUGGUGGCCACCAGCGUGUUUGCUGCUGCGGUCGUUUUGACCGCCGCCAUCGUUGCACCUCACGCCGUCAGUGGACAGUCCACCCCAGUGCCAGUCCCACCACUGGCCAAGAACGCCUCUUCAACACCGAUGCCAAGCAAUGCCACGACGACACCUGUGAUGCCAGGCAAUGUGACCACCACACCUGUGAUGCCAGGCAAUGCCACGACGACACCUGUGAUGCCAGGCAAUGUGACCACCACCCCGAUGCCAAGCAAUGCCACGACCACACCUGUUAUGCCAGGCAAUGUGACGACAACAGCUAUGCCAAGCAAUGUGACCACCACCACGACCAUGCCAGGCAAUGUGACGACAACGACCGCUAACAUGACGACCACGACCACGACCACGACCACGGCCACGAACACGACCACGACGACGACCACCACAACCACAACCACAACCGUGGCGCCUGCUGGCCCGUUCGAUCUCCAGUACCCAGAUGACAAGCCAGCCUUCCGUGUCAUGUUCUCCAAGGUGAAGGUCGUCAUUGCCAGUUUCGAGUACAUAGCAUGCCCUGUGGGCUCGCCAGACAAGGGGUGCUUCCCGGGCGAAUUCUUCGUCAACUCCAAGGCAAGCGAUGAAAGCAUGGUGCAGGUCACCUGGCGUCCCACAGACACGACGCAGGCACAGCGCGUCAACGGCCUCAUGUUCGACCUGAGCGGCGACUCCAUCAGCAGCGUGUCUGUUCUCAACUCGUUUCCCAACGUGUCCGCGACUGUUGAGUUCCCGGGGGAUGCCAUCACCUCCAACGCCACGACCUCCUUCCAGUGCACGCGUCUGCCCAUCGCUGGCGCUGCCGUCAACUCGACGGACCAGCUCAUCUUCUUUGACCUGCACAUCCAGGCCGGGAUUGCGCCCACAGCGGCAGGCAACUUCUCGCAUGCAAAGCACAACUCCACAGCCUCAACGACAUCCAGCAACAGCACCAGCACCAGCACCAGCACUUCGACCACAACCACCACAACCACGAUCACCACGACCGUGGCGCCUGCUGGCCCUUUUGAUCUCGAAUAUCCAGAACAGCACCCGGCCUUCCACGCGGUGUUCUCCAAGGUGAAGGUCGUCAUUGCCGAUGUCGAGUACACGGCGUGCUCCGUGGGCUCGCCAGAUGGGGAUUGCACGCAGGGCGAGUUCAUUGUGGAUGCGGAUGUGAGCCACGACGCCGUGGUGCAGGUCACCUGGCGUCCCACAGACGAGACGCAGGCGCAGCGCGUGACCGCCCUCGUCUUCGACCUCAACCAGGACACCAUCAGCAGCGUGUCUGUUCUCAACACGUUCCCCAACGUGUCUGAGCAGGUGCACUUCCCGGGGGAUGCCAUCACCUCUAACGCCACGACCUCCUUCCAGUGCACGCGUCUGCCCAUCACUGGCGCUGCCGUCAACUCGACGGACCAGCUCAUCUUCUUUGACCUGCACAUCCAGGCCGGGAUUGCGCCCACAGCGGCAGGCAACUUCUCGCAUGCAAAGCAGUGCCAGGGCAUUCCAUCAACGACCACAACCACGACCACAACCACGACGACCACAACUACAACUACAACCACGACGACCACAACCACGACAACCACAACCACCAGCACCUCGUCUGCAGCAUCGUCAUCAGCAGCGUCCACGUCGACAACAGCAACAGGGACCGGCAGCACGACCACGGCUGCUCCAUCCACAACAGCAAAGCCCUCCAAAACGGGCAAGGGCAAGUUUGGGCCCGGCGCUAUUGCUGGCGUCUCCAUCGUUGUGCUGGUUGUUGUCGGCGGUGCGAUUGCGUAUGUGAUUCGCUCCCGCCGCCGCCGCCGCCUCCAGGAGUACGGCAUUGUCACAAACGAGGAGUUUACAGACGAUGACAUCAUCGACGAGUGA